AUCUCACACAAAAGGCAGAUUCUGGAAGAGGGAGGAGGAGGAAACAUUUCACCUUAUCCCCUAUCCUCUGAGUGACUGUAAGCUCAAAUUGCAGUUCAAACAUUAAAUUGCCUUGUAAAGUUGUCUAAGUCCCUAUCACUUUCCAGGUCUCAGUUUUUUUCUUCCACAAAAUGGGAGUAGAUUAUCUGGAACCUCAUAUUGAGGGGGUGGGGUUGGAGAUCCUCCCAGGAAGGAAGUGGAAAAAUUGACUUUCAAGACCCAUCACAAUCUGGGGGAAUGGGAGGGACUGAGUCAAUUGAUAGGAUGUUGGGGGUACAGAUACAGAGGUGUCAGGCCCUCAUUGGUUUAAGCUGGGUCUUAAUGCCACCUGGCUUCCUUCGUAAUGUACCCACACCCUAGUCUAUACAGAACUUAGUCCACCACUGAGAGGCCAUGAGGCUUCUGCUGUUGCUGCUGUCGCUGACCAGCUGGGGCCCCCCAGAGAACCUUGGAGAGGGAAUCCCCCAGGAAACCAUCCCACUGUCAGCCACAUCCCCUCAUUUUGAUGAAGAAGAAAAAUACUCAACCCACAUGCCCCAACAUCUGCGCUGUGACGCCUGCCGAAUCAUUUCUUACCAGAUGUGGAAGCAUCUGACUGAAACGGAGACCAAGCUGCUGAGCCACAGGCCCAAGGGGGCUUCUCUGAGUGAGUCUGAGUACACCGAUGUCCUGGAAAAAUGCUGUUCUCAGAGUUGGAAGAAUUACGGGGUCCGGGAAGUAAACAACGUGAAACACUUCGUUGGCCCGGGACUGGCCAAUGUUGAAGGCAUCAGUGUGAUGAUCAGCGGAGGCCCGUGGCCAGGCAGGCUCUUCAAGAUGUGCCACAACUACCUGGGAGAGCUUGGGGAGGAUCAGCUGUACAGGGAACACAGGCAAGGGGGCCGGGAGGCCCUGGAGAGGCUGCUGUGCAGAGGGACCUGUCCGGGAGGGGAGACGCCUGGCCAGGGGGACUUCCCCCGGAAGGAGCUUUAGUCUUUUAUCACUCAGGAGAGAGGUCUUGUGCACCCAGAGAAGCCACUGGUCCAGCGGACCUCUGUGACAUAAUAGGACUUUCUGCUUUCCCUUCGCAAAACCCACAGAAGCCUCAUUUCUGGGAGCUAACUCCUUCAUCGGCUCUGCUUGGAAUGAAGACCUUCCUCAGUCCUACAAGGGGAGAGUCAGGGACAACAGUCUCGCCUGGGGCCCCUAGUGAGGAUCAGGAAAGCCAGAAUUGGAUCUCAGACUUCUUUUCCUCCUCUGUGAAUUAGAGAUCAUACCUCUCCCCCUUGAAUUCCUUCCUUCCCCUUCCCCUUCAUCCUUCUCCCAUCUUCAUCCCCUGAUUCUUUCUCUUCCUCCUUCUCUUCUCCCCCUUUAGGGUCUCCUGGGUCCAGUCCCUGAUGGGGGAAGGGUAGACAGGAGAGGAUGUUUUUGGAUCUUGGAGCCAUCCUGUCCUAUUAUCACCUAACUCAUUAAACUUCAAUAAAGUAAAAUAUCCUUUC